AUGGCACAGGCAAUAUUACCUAUUACCGUCAUUGCCAAAAGGCUAGAAUUGACUUCAGGCUAUGAAUUUCACACCAUUUUGAAAACACUAACGUCUCCAGAAUAUGUCAACGAACAACUUUUAAAAUCCGAGCUAAAUUUGUUAAACACAAAGAUUUUGAAGUUACUACGCUCAGGUACUGAUUUCGACGUUUGGAAAGGUUGUCAUGUUGCCGCUGUUGUUUGCGCCUACAAUCCUUUAAUGCUGGUUUCAUAUGGGGGUCAAUUCCUGUCCGCCAUAUAUUCUAAAUUGGAACAGAAGAGCAACUAUUACUCGGUGGAUAGAGCUACCCUCGAGUCAAAUACUUUACUUGAAACUUUAAUCUCAAGCACAUCCAUUUUAAUGGAUUUGAUGAGGAAGAAGCCCACUUUGUCCAGAGAAAGUUUAGUACCAAAACUUAAGGCAAUUAUUCCAACUCUAAUCAAUCUAUGCCAAAGCUUACCAAAACUGUGCUUGCCUGUCUUGAAAACUUUGCUAUUAGAACAUUCUACUACUUUCAAGCCUUUUGCUAAUAAGUAUCGUACAAUCCUAACCGGAUUGAUUACUGGAUACUAUGCCCGCUUGGACAGAAACACGCAAUUAUUAAUUUCUGAUAAUUACGCAUAUUUGCACCUCAUCAAAAUACAAGCCUCUCAAUCCCAAAGUGAGACUGAUGUUCACCACAAGGCACAUCGUGAUGAAGCAUGGAGAAUGGGUUUACUUUCAAUUUUGCUUCAAUUCAAACCAAUAGUAGAAAUAUGUGGAAAUAUCCUAGAUUUUGAUCAAGAUAGUGACUUAGUAAAGUUGAUUCAAAGUCUUCCUCGUGAUUUAUCUAAGGAAGACGACAAUGCAGAUCCAAGGAAAAAACUUAUGGACUUCUUACCGGGCCUAAAAAUCGAUUUCAAUGACGCAUUGACACUGAACGAUAUUCCAGCCCGUUUGAACCUUCUAGUAGAUUUGCUAUCGUCCUUUAUCUCAUUACCAACUCCGUACCCAGUUAGAGUUCCUAUUGGUGCCAUUAACUCAAUAUCCGAGGUUUUAGUUACAAUGACACAGAAAUAUUUACCAAUUAAACGCGAACUCCGUCGUGACAAUGAAUUAACUUCCGUCAUUAACCACAUUUUACCUUGCAUUCAAUCCUGUGGUAUUAACUUAUGGACAGUCCUAUUAAACAACUAUGGUAAAUCAUGCCUGUCAUUUUCUGAAAAUAUUUUGGCCUCAUUGAAGUUGUUCAUCCCAGUGAAGCCAAAAUCAAAAGAUAUCGACAUUGCCACAUGUAAGUUACUAAAAACCGAAUUUUUGAAUACGUUUAAGUUAAUAAAUCUAAUUUUAAUACAUUUGGGUCAUCAGCUUAACGAAAUCGACUCUAUAAACCAAUUUAUAGAUAUUUCAUUAAAAUUAACUGAAGAUGACGAAUUGGUAGACUCAUUUUACAAGAACCAACAACAAUUGAAAUUAAAGAAUAGCUCUACUGUCACUAACAUGUCACAAAAAAAGAAUCAGAAAAAGGAUUCCAAUACAGGCGCUUUAUCAGAUCUGUAUACUCAUCCUGAUCGAUUCAAGGUUUCUACAUCGAUUGAAUGGUACAAUGAAAUUAAUAAAUUUUUGUUCCAUAUCUUAAGUUACUGGAAGUUACCUUCUUCUCAACAAGUGAAAAUUUUAAGAUAUAUUAUUUCAAAAUCAUUAAUCUUGAAAAGCAAGUUAAAUUACAUUCCAGAAAGUUUUGUGAAAUUGUUGAGACUUGUUGUAAUCAAUCCUGGUAAUGAACGUAUUUCUAUUUUACCAAUUGCAGUAUCCCUAUUGAAAGAUUGUAGCGAUGAGGUGUUUGAUUUAGCUAUUCAUCCUAGAUUGCCAAUGUCAAUCAUUCACAGCGUUACAGCUGCUACUGUUCAUAAUAAUGAGUAUCUCGAAGUUACUGAAGAAGAGCCAACUGUCACUUCUAAAUUUGAAAUGUCCAGUUCAAUAUUAGAGGAAAAAGAAGUGAUCGAGGUUCCAAAAUCUGUAGCGAGAAGUUCUGCUAUGACUACCAAGAGCAAAGUUCAUGCGGAUCCUUCUUCCAACCAUAGAAUCACUGAAGAUGUGAAAUAUGAGAAAAGCGUACUCAAAACUUACGUUAAUAGUGCUGUAGGAGAGGAUAAAGUCAAUAACGUAGCUUCGACAAAGAGAGCAAAUAAUGAAGAAGAAAAACAAGAUUUUAAAAGAGCCAAGGUUGAAGAGGGUGCUUCUACCAGCAAUAUCGAAGUUGUAGAAGGUGCCAUUAAGGUACAACCUGAAAAGCAGGAAGAAAGUGGAGAUGACGAAGAUUCUGAUUCAGAUUUUGAAAUUCCUGCCAUCGAGCUCAGCGACGAUGAAGAUGAAUGA